AUGAAGCUGCUCUCUACUCUGGCCUCGGGCCUCGUCGUCGCCUUCGCCGGCCUCGCCCUCGCCCAGGACGCCGCCACGGGCACCAUCUCCAAGGGCCCGUUCCCGGCCGACCUCAACGGCUCCAACUUCACCUACCCGUACCCGGUGCACGUCUUCUCCUUCGCCAGCCAGCAGCAGAAGCUGCAGAUGGCCUUCAUGGACGUGAAGCCGACCUGCGCCCCCAACGGCCAGACGGCCGUCGUCCUGCACGGCAAGAACUUCUGCGGCCCGACGUGGAACGCCACCAUCGCGGCCCUCGCCGGCGCCGGCUACCGCGUCGUCGCCCCGGACCAGGUCGGCUUCUGCAAGAGCUCCAAGCCCGACAGCUACCAGUUCAGCACCAACCAGCUCAUGUACAACACGCGCGGGCUGCUCAACGCCCUGGGCGUCGGCAACGUGACGCUCGUCGGCCACUCGUUCGGCGGCAUGCUGGCCACGCGCUUCGCCCUGCAGUACCCGGCGACCGUCGACCGCCUCGUGCUCGUCGACCCCGUCGGCCUCGAGGACUACGUCGAAAAGGGCGUGCCGUACACGUCCGUCGACACCAACAUCGCCGCCGAGGCCGCCCAGACCUUCGACGCCAUCAAGGCCUACGAGCAGCAGGUCUACUACGUCGGCCAGUGGCAGGACUCGUACACCGUCUGGGUCACCAUGCUCAACAACAUCUACUUCGGCUCCCGCCGCGCCCAGUUCAUCAAGAACCAGGGCCAGAUCGUCGACCUCGUCCUCACCCAGCCCGUCUCCCACUACUUUGGCGACGUCGUCACCAAGACGCUGCUCAUCGUCGGCGACCAGGACCACGUCGCCAUCGGUGGCAACUGGUCUCCGCCCGAGGUCGCCGCCAAGCUCGGCCACUUUGACGUCCUCGGCCCUCAGGUCUGCGGCGAGAUCCCCGACUGCACGCUCUACCAGUUUCCCGAUCUGGGCCAUGCGCCUCAGCUGUCUGCUCCCGAGCAGUUUCAAAAGGUUGUCCUCGAUUGGCUGGCUGAGUAA